CUGUAUUCAAACAAGUCAGGCUUCGCCUUCUUGUCAGAGUCCCAUACAGAAAACGAGAAGACUGCGGAAGAGAAGCCCCAGUCGUCGCCGUCCCCACAGAGCGAUCUACCAGCAGCUACAGGCAGUCCCCGGCCCCGCGAGCAUUUUCAUCGUAUCCGCCGUCAAGCGCAGCGUCUGUUAGGAGCUUCAGCCAGCAGAAAAGCAAGCUACAGCCGACGUAAAGACCGGACUGAGAGUAUGUCCGCUUCGCCCCCCGAGACUGCCGCAUCCGACGUCGUUUCACCAUCUAGACGCGAGUCUGCGGACGCACGCGACGUCUUGCGCAACUACGAGCGCUCGCUGACUGAAGCGGUGCUUUCCCCGCUCUCUGCAGCCGCGCGUAGUCCGAGAAACGUCGCACACAGCGUUGCCAUGCGAUCCAUCAACGCGGGGGAAGCUAGAGGCGCCUCAGCGCGUCACAUGUCGCCCCGAGCGGUUCAUCACUCUCCAGACGCCUUCGCUGACGCGCCGCCUGUGGCAUUAGCCACGUUCUCGCCGCGUAGACGCGCUCUGAGCGAGCAGAAACAGACCCUGGAUGCAGCCAGUAUCCGUGUGGAAUUAGGCGAAGAAGAAGGCAAAGCAGAGGAAGAAGAGGGAGACGGAGAGGUCGACACACUGCGUCCACAUGACAGAAUAUCGGACGAGGGGUUUGCCUCCUCUGGACGAGGCCAGAUCAAAGUACACUCGGAGAAACUCCCGUCUACUAAGGAGCUGGAAGACAAGAGCGCUGAGGCCCCUGACGACAGUGAAGGCUGUCUAAUCUGCAUGGACGAGUUCUCAGCAAGACGUAAGGCGUAUCCUCUGCCCUGUACCGGUCAAUGUACCGGUGCAUUCGUGCAUUAUCGCUGCAUUAUGGCCUGGCUGGGGCAGUCCGGUAGCUGCCCGUUGUGUCGCGGUGCGUGCGACCCGCUGGUGCUACAGCCAAUGCAGAAACUGGAGCUACAAGAUAUGACUAAGAUGGCUCUGCAGCCCGUGCCUCUGGACGCUGGCAUCAUCCGUUGCUACGUUAAGCAAGUGUAUCGCGGUAUGUUCAAGCAGUACGGCUAUGAGCUGUACCUGCAGGGCCAGAUUGGCACUCAAGAAGAAGAUAAAUUCUUGUUGGCUGCUAGACGCCAGGUGCGUUCGAACAUGACCGCCAACUACACAAUUUGUACGGACAAAGAAUGUACGGACGCAAAGCGGAUUGGACGCAUGGGUUCCAACUUCCUGGGCACGUGUUUUACAUUGUACGACAACGGACGAGACCCCCAGAAACUGGCAAAGAUACAAGAUGCUGUGAGUUCAGAUGACGUGGUCGUACAGAAUGUGCUGCAGAUUCGGGAAGAACUCGGAUGCGUCACGUACGAGCCGAACAGGACCAGUGUGGGGCCGCGGAAGAUGCGCGUGGUGAUCCCUGAUGUCGACGAGGAAGGCGGAUCCUCUAAAAUUGUACGACCAAUGAGUCGCCAGGACCGACUCGUUACUCGUCUCUCCACGGGCGACAUGAAGGAUCUGAUGCGCUUCUCGAACCGCGAGCCUGUCUUCCGUGAGGAUCUGGGCGCCUACUGCCUGGACUUUGGCGGUCGUGUGUCUAUGGCGUCUGUCAAGAACUUCCAGUUGAUCAGCAGUGAAGACCCGUCCAUGGGUAAUAUCCUGCAGUUCGGUCGUGUGGCUGACGAUAUGUUCACGAUGGAUUUCCAGUGGCCGCUGUCUCCGUUCCAAGCCUUCUCCAUUUGCCUCAGCAGUUGUGAUACCAAGCUGGCUUGCGUCUAACCUGCGUGGACUCGUACGAUGCCAAGUAUGUACACCCUUUUGUUUGUAUCAAGGUGAAGCAAGGACAGCUCAAGCACAGAAGGUGAACACUUGUCGACAAGCUCGACAUCUCGUCGAUUAACCGUUAUAUAUAAUAAAACUCUCCGUUAGAAUUGAAACUAUUUGAGGAAGAC